UCAUUCAUCACUCUUCAGAGCAAGAAAUCCCCAAAAUAUUCUUCUGUCAUCAUCCACGCUUCGCACUGUAAUUUGAAUUUGAAGCAGGUUUCCUGAAAUUCGAAUUGGAAUCAGCGGAAAGUGAAGAGCUUUGAAGCGAAAUCAAGAUGAAGACGACGAAGGGAGGGAAGGUGAUGAACCCUACGGACGCUUACCGGAAGGAGCUCCGGAAGAAGGAAUUGAAAAGGAAUAAAAAAGAACGAAAGAAGGUGAGAGAGGUGGGGAUCUUGAAGAAGGAUCCCGAGACGCUGAAGGAGCAGAUUGAUAAGCUGGAAAUGAUGAAGGCUGAUGGCGCUCUUGACAAAGCAAGAAAACACAAGAAGAGGCAACUAGAGGAUACACUUAACCUUGUUAUAAAGAAGCAGAAGGAAUAUGUAGAGAAACAAAAGGAAAAGGGCGAGGUCCCAGUUAUGUUCAGUCAUUUGGGGCCGCCUAAAAGACGAACGACCGCAGAAGAAGAGGAGAGAGCGAAGCAUCCGAUGCCUGAGGACUCAGUCUACUACCAUCCGACCCUGAAUCCUACUGGUGCCCCACCACCUGGAAAGCCUCCAAUGUUUAAAUCAUCAAUAGGGCCAAGAAUUCCCCUAUCUGCUGCUUCGUCAAGUGGUGCUGCAUCAUCCUCAAGAAUGGAGUCAGAGGAUGCUGUACCUGUGGCUGAUUCUGGUAACAAUGGCCCUGGUGAUGGCUCUGUCGUACCUGAGUCUUUGCCUCUACCCCCUCCACCUCCAUUGCCACCUAACCCUGCAGCUACAAACCCAGAUAUCUCAUUGCCACCACCACCUUUGCCACCACCUCCACCUCCACCUCCAGGACCCCUGCCUACAGAGCCGAUUUCCAAUCGCCCAUUACUUCCCCCUCCUCCACCUCAUCAACAGUUAGCACAGCCGCCUCCUCCUGGUAUCAGUGGAAAUGAGAAGGAACAAAAUCAAUCUACAUUGUCUGAUCAGUCAACCUCUAAGGACUCCAUGCAGGUGCCUACCAUGCUUCCUCCUCCUCCUCCGCCUCCCGGUUUACCGCCUAAGGCAACAAAUAAUCAGUUGGGAGGUGCAACAUCUGAUGCUGAAACCAAUAAUACUAUAGCGACCAAGGAUUUCACUAACAUGCUUCCACCACCACCUCCUCCUCCAAGACAACAACCUCCGGUUCCUGGACCGACCCUUAUUCCAAAUUUACAUUCUGAUGUAUUACCUCCAGGUAUCGCACGUUUUCCUCCACCCCCACCUCCACCAGAUAUGCGGCCGCCAUUGUCCACUCCUGGACUGCCCACUCGACCAGGUCCCCCGGGAAUGAUGGUCCCAAUGAUCCCCAGGCCCCCAUAUGGUCCUCCCCCUGGACCUCCUCCAAUGAUGAGACCGCCACUUCCACCUGGCCCCCCUCCUAAUUAUCAAGAAGAUGAUUAUGCUGCUCGAGUGGCUGCUCAUCAGAAACCUUCAUAUGUUAAAUCUGCAGCAUCUACUGUUGUUAAGAGGCCUCUGGCUCAGCACACUCCAGAACUUACGGCCAUGGUUCCUGCAUCUGUUCGGGUAAGGAGGGAGAUGGCUGCCCCAAAAGCAAAAGCAAAACCUUCACUCCCAACCACAGCAACACCUACCCAGUCAGCAACUCCAUCUGUUAAACCAGAGUCAGCGAACUCAUCAUCAGCACCAAAGGGCAAGAGCAUCGAUGACUCUUAUAUGGCCUUCCUGGAGGACAUGAAGGCGCUCGGAGCACUUGAAGGUUGACAUCCAGCUGUUUAGCGGACACCAAGAUAGAAAUAGCAACAAAGAGAGUACAGCGAAAAAAGGUAGCAUGCGUGUAGCCAAAGGAAACAGAAGUCGAGCUGGAGACAGAUGGUAUUCCCUUUUAUUGCCAUUAACAUAGUUUCCUACUGCAUCGUUUCACGAAGAAAUUCAAAACAAUACCAGACGUUGAGAUGGGUGUAAUGGGCGGAUUUUUAGUAGGAAGAAGACUAUAGAUGUCUUAGAAAUUCAGAAUGUACUAUAUAUGAAACAAUCUUUUGUUUAAAAUAAUUUCGCACU